AUGGCCGAUCUCACACGGCAUCUGGUCAAUGACGCCUGGGGCACGGAUUGCGUAGAGCUGCCCGACGGUGAGUCGCUAGGAAUCUUCGGCGGUGGCGGUUCUCCCCAGAUGCUGGGCACAAACUUCAACAAGUACUGCCAAUCCGUGAACGUCGCCAACGAGUACACCAGCACCGGCGCGCUGUCGGUCUGGGGCUGGCUCUUCACCAUCUUCUUCACUUGGUCCGGCUUCGCCUUCCUCCUCCUGGGCAUCUGCUGGGCGCGAUGCACAGUUGAUGGGGCAGGGAGGGGUGGGAAGGAGGGGCAGGCGGGUGUGGGGAGGGGAGGCGAUUAG